AUGGGGGUGGCUACUAAUUUCCAUUCAAAAUGGGUUUCCGUAAAUGUUCUUCUUCUCUGCAUUCUUCUUCACUUCAGUGUUGUCACCGUUGUUGUUGGAGAUGUGAAGCUUGACAAACAAAGAUUCGGAGAUGGGUUGGGCCGUCGUGGUGGUGGAGGCGGUGGUCUUGGCGGCGGUGCCGGUUUUGGUGGCGGGGGAGGAGGUGGACUUGGAGGUGGGUCAGGUCGCGGUGGAGGUUUUGGAGCUGGAGGAGGUGUAGGUGGUGGUGCUGGGGGAGGCAUCGGUGGUGGAGGAGGAGGAGGUGGUGUUGGUGGAAGUAUAGGUGGUGGAGCGGGUGGAGGUGGAGGGGGUGGAGGAGGAGGAGGAGGUGGUGGUGGAUUAGGUGGAGGUUCUGGACACGGGGGAGGAUUUGGUGGUGGUGUUGGCGUAGGAGGUGGUGUUGGUGGGGGAAUUGGUGGCGGUGGAGGAGGUGGUAGUGGUGGAGGUGGGGGAAUAGGUGGAGGUUCAGGUCAUGGUGGUGGGUUUGGAGCAGGAGGUGGUGUAGGGGGUGGAGGAAUUGGUGGAGGAGGGGGAGGUGGCGGUGGAGGAGGUGGAGGUGGAGGAGGUGGGAUAGGUGGAGGUUCGGGGCAUGGUGGAGGGUUUGGUGCAGGAGGAGGAGGAGGAGGAGGUCGUGGCGGUGGUGGAGGGAUUGGUAUUGGAAUUGGCAUUGGAGUAGGAAUCGGAGUUGGAGGUGGUAAAGGUAGUGGCUCUGGUGUUGGUGUUGGUGUCGGAGGAGGUGGCGGUAAACAUUAA